AUGUUGAGAUAUAGAAAAAUCAAUUAUUUGCAUUUGCUGCAGAUUUAUCAAACAAAAGAAAUUGAUUGGCUAAAAAUUGUAAUAACUCUUGAUUAAGAUAUAAAGACAGAAUAAUGCUCAAAAGAAAUAUGCAAGUGAGAAAUGGAAAUUGAAGUUGGAGGAUAUUAAACAUUAAAAGUGUGAAAAAUAAAAAGAAUUCUUAUUUAAAGUUACCCAAGAUUUAUAUAAUUUAAGAGAAAAUGAGGCUAAUUUAUAUUGGGAAAUAGAAGCAAAUGUUAGUGCUUGUCAUAAUUACUGA